AUGCCGUGGUUGCUGCCAGAUACUUCCACUUUUUUGCGCGGCUACAAGGUGGUGGUGACGAUGCUUCAGGAGUUGGCUACUGUUUUGUCAUCCAUCCACCACCUCCUCCUCCUCAUCACCAUCCACGUCAGCGGGACAACCGCAACUUGUCACGAUGCGGCCGGGUACACACGCACACACGCAUCAGGUGGACCGCCCUCUACGGCCCGUAAGGAGGCCAACAGGAGGGAGAUGUAA